AUGAUUACAACUAAAGAAAUACCUUCAUCAUCUACUUCAGAUUGGGAACUUGUUGGAAGCUACUGGUUAUAUAAAAAACCUUUGGAAAAGUCAGAUAAUGACGAUCGUGAUUAUCGUCUAAUCAAACUAGCUUCAAACGAACUUCAAGUAUUAUUAGUGCAUGAUAAAAGCACAGAUAAAGCAAGCGCUGCCUUGGAUGUACACGUUGGUCAUAUCAGUGACCCGCCUACUCUACAGGGAUUAGCUCAUUUUUGUGAGCAUUUGUUAUUUAUGGGAACAGAAAAGUAUCCUAAAGAAAAUGAUUAUAAUCAAUACUUGUCAGAACACUCUGGUUUCUCUAAUGCUUUUACUUCAGUCGAAGAUACAAACUAUUAUUUUGAAGUCGCACAUUCUCACCUCGAAGGUGCACUGGAUCGCUUUGCCCAGUUUUUCAUUAGUCCUUUAUUCUCGGAUAGUUGUACUGAAAGGGAACUAAAGGCUGUUGACUCAGAACACAAAAAGAAUAAGCAGCAAGAUAGCUGGCGUAUCUUUCAACUGGAAAAAUCCCUUUGUAAUCCAAGCCAUCCUUAUUGCAACUUUGGUACUGGUAACCUUGAGACAUUAUACGAGAAUCCCAAAGCGAAUGGACAGGAUAUUCGUCAAGAGUUAUUGAAAUUUCAUGAUACAUAUUACUCUGCAAAUAUCAUGAAACUUUGUAUUCUUGGAAGAGAAUCGCUUGAUCAAUUGACAGAAUGGGCUGUUGAGAAAUUCAGGGAUGUUCGUAACAAGAGCAUCGAGCCUCCUAGUUUCCCUGAUAACCCAUUGACAAAGAAAGAGCUCAUGAAACAAAUAUUCAUCAAGCCUGUCAAGGAUGUUCGCAUACUCGAAAUGACAUUUCCAUUUCCUGAUCAACGUCCUUUAUAUGCUGUUCAGCCCGGUAGAUACUUGUCUCACUUGAUCGGACAUGAAGGGCAUGGAUCUAUUUUAUCCUUGUUAAAGAAGAACGGUUGGGCAAACUAUCUUCAGGUGGCUACAUCCCAUGGCGGUAUCGGAUUCGAGUUUAUGAGAAUCAGUAUUGAUCUUACAGAAGAGGGAUUGAAUCGCUAUAAGGAUGUGGUGGUUAUUGUCUUCAAGUACAUUGAUCUCUUAAAAAAGAAAGGUAUUCAAAGCCGCAUCUUUGAAGAAGUACAAUCAUUAGCGUCCUUGGCAUUCAGGUUCAAGGAGAAACAACGACCAUCUCAGUAUACAUCUCGCGUAGCUGGGUUAAUGCAGCAUGGGUAUCCUUCUCAAUGUAUUCUUAGUGGUCCUAGUUUAAUUCGUCACUAUGAUCCAGAUCUGAUCAAAGAAAACCUAAACUGGCUUCGCCCCGACAACUUUCGCAUUUUGCUAGCCUGCCAAAAUCCCCCUGGUGGUGUCCAAUUUACACAGAAGGAGCGAUGGUAUCAGUCAGAGUAUACAGUCAUUGAUUUUGAUAAUGAUUUCAUCAAUUCUUUGGAGAACCUUGAACCCGAGGAUGCUUUGAUAUUACCUGGUGAGAAUGCGUUUAUCCCAACUAACUUUGAGAUGAACAAGAAGGAGGUCGAAGCGCCUGCCACGAAACCUGAUAUUGUGGAAAACUCGCCUUUGCUUCGCUUAUGGCACAAGAAGGAUGAUACCUUCUGGGUCCCAAGAGCGAAUGUUUGGAUAUUGCUUCGAUCACCGCUUGCCUAUGCUACACCUUCCAACUGUGUCAAGACGCGUUUGUACGCCGAUUUGCUAAAGGAUUCCUUGAAUGAGUAUGCUUAUGACGCUGAAGUUGCUGGAUUGGCAUACACUAUUGAGAAUCAACUCGAGGGCAUGCUACUUGCUAUUGGAGGCUAUAAUGACAAGCUUCCCGUGUUGCUAGAAAAAGUAGUCCAAAAGAUGCGCUAUUUCGAAGUGGAUGUUGAACGAUUCAAGUUACUCAAGGAGCAACUUCUCCGAAUCUACAAAAACUUUGCGCUCGAACCCCCUUAUCAGCAUGCACUGUACUAUCACUCCUAUUUGACACAAGACACGAUGUGGACGAAUGCCGAGAAGCUUAAGGAACUUGAAGUGAUUACAGCCGAAGACGUCCAAUCGUUUUAUCCAUCUCUGAUUUCUCGCUUGCACAUUGAGGCGCUUGUUCAUGGAAAUUUCUCCAGGGAGGAUGCUCAAAAGAUGCUCCACGACACCAUCGAUAUUUUGAAGCCCAAAGCAUUGCAGCCAAGCGAACUAAUAGGUAAUCGCAGCCUGACGCUUCCUCAUGGCAGUAAGUGGGUUUACCAACGUGAUGUCGAGGAUCCCAAUAAUGUAAAUUCCGGCAUCGAAUACGUCAUCCAAGUGGGCAAUAUCACAGAGACUUCACUGCGCGCCAAAUUGACAUUACUGGCGCAGAUAGCUCAAGAGCCCUGUUUUGAUCAACUUCGCACGAAAGAGCAGCUGGGGUACUUGGUGUUUAGCGGUGUUCGCAAGCAGGUGGGCUCUAUGGGUUUGCGAUUUAUCCUUCAGAGUGAACGAGAUACUAUCUAUCUCGAAAACCGUAUUGAGGAUUUUCUGGAUAAGCUUCGAGCGCUUGUUGAGAAGAUGACACCCGAAGAGUACGACGCUCAGGUUCAAUCAGUCAUUACUAAGAAGCUCGAGAAGGACAAGAAUCUGGCGCAAGAGGGCAGCAAGUACUGGUCUCAUAUCCAUUCUGGAUUUUACGAAUUUGAUCAAGCGGAAAAGGAUAUUAAGGAGUUGAAGGAGAUCAAGAAGGAGGAUCUCUUGGCGUUCAUGUCCGAAUACAUUGAUCCUUGCUCGUCCAAGUUCCGCAAGCUCUCUGUCCACAUUCAGUCUCAAAAGGCUCAGACAGCACAGCCCAAGAAGUUCAAGGUCAACAUUGAAUCAUUGCACACUUGCCUUGUCUCUCAAGGUGUCACCCGUCUGAGCAUUGAGGAUAUCCGCUCUGCUGUCGAAAAGGGUGAUGCAGGUGAAGCCAGCAUCGAAGCCAACCUUCGCGAACUGUUGACAGAUGAAACGAAGGCAGAGGAAGAGGAAAUCGAAGCACUGAUGGCCAAAUUGGUCACAGCUAUGCGUGAAACCGAAUCGGUUGAUGGGUCUUUGGUGAAUGUCAAAAGUCAAAAGACAGCACGUCGUUUGUCAAUGGUUAGUCGACAGCUAAAUAAUAAUGACAGCGACCAAGAUCAAAAAGAAAGAGAUCACACAAAACUCCCUGAAGGAAACAAGAUUGUAACAAACGUGAGAGAGUUUAAGAACAGCUUAGAAUUGAGCCCAGCUCCUUGUCCUUUAAUUGAUUUUCAAGUUAUUUAA